GAUUUCUUGUUUUAUAUAAUUUCAGCUAUUGUUAUUUACCACAUCAUCAUCGUUUAGAGAUUAGCUGAAUAAUGAAUCCUAUAUUAUUACACACCACUAACCUACAUUUGCACAUUUAACUCCGAGACUCUCAUAAUAUAGCUCAUAUCGGCCUAUUUUCCACUGAUUUAUCCUUGACACGGUUUUAUUCCUAACUCCAUUCAUUAAACGAGCACAGAGCUACACGCUACCAGGUGGGAGUGAACGUGUGCAGCCGUGGCAACGCGACUGGUGUCUCUGUCUGGUGACUGGGACGCGGAGUAACGACUAAGCAACUGUCCACGUCUACGCUUUCGCAGUCUGGCAGCGUCAGGAUUCAUCUCAAAGCAACGCCGUCAUGGACGAAGCGGAGGACGGCGAUGAAGAGCACAAGGAGACACUCGGGGGCGACAUCCUUGGCUCUUCUUCCAAGAUGAAGAAUGUAACGCCAGGAGGGGGAGCAACGGCGAGCAGGAUCUCCCAAAACAAGGACUUCGCCACGGAAUCCACCGCGCUCCUCUGCCACGGAGAUGUUUCCAGGGACAAGAGCGCAUUUGACGGCGAGGAUGGCACCAGAAUAAGAUGCGUUAUCAACGGAGACUGCCGAAGAGACGAGAGCUUGUCUUCAACCCCCUCCAAGCAGGAGAAGCAGACAGGUGGAGGUUUCCCAGCAUCUGCAUGUCACUCCAGCACCUCCAGCAUGGACGGCUCGGUCACUCCAGCCCCGACCGCCGCUGCUCCUCCUCCCGCUGACAAGAAGGACUCCAGAGUUUCCUUCUCUAGUGCUCCACCGGCCCACGCACCGACCCCGAAUCAGCAGCAGCAGCAGCCGGGCAAUUCUGUCAGCUUCCCCAAGUCCGAGGAUGGCCAGAUCACGGGAGAUGAUGCGGAAGCCAGGGACAAUCAAACUUACAUGCAGAGGCAGUUUAGCUCCAUGUUACAGCCCGGGGUCAACAAAUUCUCACUGCGUAUGUUUGGGAGUCAAAAGGCAGUGGAGAAGGAACAGGAGCGAGUCAAAUCCGCUGGCAACUGGAUUAUUCAUCCAUACAGUGAUUUCAGGUUCUACUGGGAUUUCACAAUGCUGAUGUUUAUGGUGGGCAACUUGAUUAUCAUUCCUGUGGGCAUCACCUUCUUUAAGGAGGAAACCACCACCCCUUGGAUUAUCUUCAACGUGGUAUCCGACACGUUCUUCCUCAUGGACCUGGUACUGAACUUCCGCACAGGCAUAGUCUACGAAGAAAACACAGAGAUAAUACUGGACCCUCAAAAGAUCAAGAAGAAGUACCUGAAGACGUGGUUUGUGGUGGACUUUGUCUCAUCCAUCCCAGUGGAUUAUAUCUUUCUUAUCGUAGAGAAAGGCAUUGACUCUGAGGUUUACAAGACGGCCAGAGCGUUGCGGAUUGUGCGCUUCACCAAGAUCCUCAGUUUACUGCGACUUCUUAGACUGUCCAGACUGAUUCGUUAUAUCCAUCAAUGGGAGGAGAUCUUUCAUAUGACCUAUGACUUGGCCAGUGCAGUGAUGCGCAUCAUCAAUCUAAUUGGCAUGAUGCUUCUUCUGUGCCACUGGGAUGGCUGUCUGCAGUUUUUGGUGCCCAUGUUGCAGGACUUCCCUUCGGACUGUUGGGUGUCUCUUAACAAGAUGGUGAAUGACACCUGGAGUGAGCUGUACACCUUUGCCCUGUUCAAGGCCAUGAGCCAUAUGCUGUGUAUUGGAUAUGGACGCCAGGCCCCUGAGAGUAUGUCUGAUAUCUGGUUGACCAUGCUGAGUAUGAUUGUGGGAGCCACCUGCUAUGCCAUGUUCAUUGGCCAUGCCACCGCCCUAAUACAGUCGCUGGACUCUUCCCGGCGCCAGUACCAGGAGAAGUACAAGCAAGUUGAGCAGUACAUGUCUUUCCACAAACUUCCAGCCGACUUCCGGCAGAAGAUCCACGAUUAUUAUGAGCACAGAUACCAGGGCAAGAUGUUUGACGAGGAAAGCAUUUUGGAAGAACUGAAUGAGCCGUUACGAGAGGAAAUAGUCAACUUCAACUGCCGGAAGCUGGUGGCGUCCAUGCCGCUGUUCGCCAACGCAGAUCCCAACUUUGUGACAGCGAUGUUAACUAAGCUCCGCUUCGAGGUCUUCCAACCAGGAGAUUACAUCAUUCGUGAAGGAACCAUCGGCAAGAAGAUGUACUUCAUUCAGCAUGGCGUAGUCAGCGUCCUGACCAAAGGGAAUAUCGGCAUGAAGAUCUCUGACGGCUCCUACUUUGGGGAGAUCUGCCUGUUGACCCGUGGAAGACGAACUGCCAGUGUGCGGGCGGACACCUACUGCCGACUAUAUUCACUCUCCGUGGACAACUUCAAUGAAGUACUGGAGGAGUAUCCAAUGAUGAGGAGAGCAUUUGAGACAGUAGCCAUUGACCGCCUUGAUCGAAUAGGCAAGAAGAACUCCAUUCUGAUGCACAAAGUACAACGCGAUCUUAACUCUGGCGUCUUCAACAACCGUGAGAACGAGAUGAUCCAGGAGAUUGUGAAGUAUGAUCGGGAAAUGGUUAAACUGGUCAAACAAGGGGACAUACAAAGGCCAAGGGCCAUGUCUGUGACUCCUUCAACUCACGGGAACAUGUUUGCACAUUCUAGUCAGCCCUCUACAAGUUCUGCCAUUGCUAGCCUUCAGCAGGCUGUUGCCAUGAGCUUCUGUCCCCAGAUGGGCAACCCUUUAGUGGGUUCUGGGGCUGUCCAGUCUCCCCGCAUGGUGCGGCGCUUCCAGGUGGUACAAAGCCAGACGCCCCCAGGCUCCCAGUACUCCACCUUAGCCCUUGCCUCUGCCCUUACAAGCACACCUGUCCACAGUCCUCUGGCAAAUACUGGUCGAAUGUUCCAGUAUGGUUCCAGCCCCCCCGGUGCACCCUCGGGCUCCCAGUUAUCCCUUGUACAGCAACACGUACCCAGUCCCACACAUCGUCCACCAGUCCCCAGGACCACUCUAAGCCAGGACGCCCGAGCCCUAUCUGCCUCCCAACCGUUCUUACCCCAUGACAUGGUGCAGCCAGUUGCCCCAAGCCCUCCCCAGUCCACCAGGGUUUCAUCAACUUCCAUCGGUCCCCCUCAGAACACCCCAGGUCCUGCUGGUCUUAGAGGAAGUAUCCCUCCCAGAAUGGCACUACCCCAUCAAGUGUCUGUAGGUGCAUUUCCUCCAGCCUCCCUUCCACAAAUGAGACCCAGCCUGGAUUCAGGACUACCCAAGAAGGAUUCAAUAAUCAGUCUCCCAGAAACGGAACCACAUCACACCAGACCUAGAUUAUCGUCAAACUUGUGACCACGAAAC